UUCUUCCAGGUGGUUGACCGGGACAGCAAACGGGCGGCGGCGCGCAAACGGCGGCAGCAGCAGCAGCAGCAGCUGUUGCGGCGGCGACAGCAGCAGGGGCAGGAGGGGCAGGAGGGGCAAGAGGAGGAUGGUGUUGCGGAGGAGGGGGUGGAUGAGAGCGCGGUGGCGGCGGUGGGAAGCGGACCUGCCGGUGCUGCCGGCAAUGCCGGUAAGAGCCUUGGGAGGAGCGCGGCAGCAGUGGCAGCGGUGAAAGCAGGAGCAGCGGCGGCAGGAACGGCAGCAGCAGGCGCAGCCACGGAUGCGGUUGUGGGUGCUGCGACAGGGGCGAAGGGCGCUGAUAAACGCGGCGUGUCCGGCCGCAUGAGUGUUGGGGGUGCUGAUGACGAUGACGAGGAAGAGGAGGAGGAGGAGGAGGAGGAGGAGGAGAUGGAUGCCACAUCAGCCGAUGAUGAGGAGGAAGAGGCGCUGGAUGGUGGUGAUGAUGAUGAGGAGGUUGAUGAUGAUGAGGAGCUGGGGGAGGUGGAGGUGGACUGGCAGCAAGUGGAGCGCCUAUUCCUGGGCGCCAACUGGGACCAGGAGCUGAGCGAGCUGAGGGAGCGGGUGGAGCAGGGGGCUCGG